AAACAGCACCGAUUGGCUUAUAACAUACAAGACUAAAGCGAGAGAAGGUUUGAAGUCGAUUCAUUGACCGUGAGUCAACUCUUGGCGUGGAGAGGCAGGGCUCUCGACAUCCUUUUUAAAUCCCACACACAUAACACAAAAAAAAAGUUUGGGCAAAUUGCCAGACUGCAAAGGGAAUUGUCUCAGAGUUGGAGCACUCAAGAGAAAAUCAGUCCUGCUCUCAAUCCUCCCGUCCCAGCACUGAAGUGUUUUUUCCCCGAUAAGUUCCAGGAAGAUUUCCUUUCUGUUUCUCUUUCGUAAUGUAUUUUUAAAACACACACGGGGCCGUCCUCAACCAAACUCGAGCAGUUUCUUGCCUCUCCUGCUGAGUUUGCUCUUUAAAAAAGUCUUUGGAGAAGCAUUUUUUUUCCUGUGUGUGUUUGUCCCCUCCUCCCCCGUUACAACCAGGCGAUUCUACAAUAGAAGGCUGAGACUGGGCUGCCUGUGUUAUUCCAGACCUCUUCCCUGCGCCUUUACUGAGGAAUGGACUCCCUCAAAGGCAAGUUUCCCACCGCCGAGAUCUCCAGCAUCUGGUUCCCAUGGUCAUAUUUGAGGACAUCCCCCUCUCAAUGGAGUCUUUUUAUUGCCGUAUACCUACUGACAUCCACACUUGGUGAAGGUUCUCAAAGUCAGUUGGAAUCGAAAGAGAUCAUUCUGCAACCUUCUUCCAAUAUCACUCUGAAAUGUUUUGGGAACGGCCACAUUGAUUGGAGUUAUGAGAAAGUCGCCGAUGUCUAUCCUGAUGGCCAUUUUCUGCACAUACACAGCGCAACAAUUUAUCACAACAGAGAGUAUGUCUGCUCCUGUAAUAAAACUGAGAUAAUUAGCUUCUACGUCUUUGUGCCAGAUCCUGACAUGUGGUUCCUCCCACAACGCCCGGACGAAAUGAUCAUCCUAAUGGAAAGAUCAGUGCCUUUUAACAUCCCGUGCCUGGUGUCCAACCCGGAUCUCCAGGUCACUCUACUACACGUGGAAACUAACAUCCUCAUAGACCUGCCAUACAACAACAAGCAAGGCUUUUUUGGCAAAUUCAAUGAUGGGACCUAUGUAUGCAAAGCCACGCUAAACGGAGUGGAACGAGAGUCUGAGGAAUAUAUUGUGGAAACAUAUGAAGCACCUGAUGAUCUUUAUAUUGAACUUCAUGCUUCAAGCACCGUGGUCAAACUGGGAGAACCCAUCAGUGUCACCUGUACCGCAAAUACCAACUUGCUGGACUUUAAGUGGAACUGUCCGAGGUUGAAGGAAGCUCAAGUAACUGUGUCUGAUGGGGCUCAGGAAGUGAACUCAACCAUCUACUUGGAAAGCGCCACACUGGAAGAUUCUGGAUGGUACAACUGCAGCGUCACAGGCUACUACGCUCAAAAUCAAUUUGAAGAGAAGGCUCUGCAAAUUACUGUUGUCACAAAUGGAUUUGUUCAUCUCAGCACCAAUCUGAGUGCCACUGAGUAUGCAGAGCUGUCAGAGGUGAAAAUGUUUGUGGUUAAUAUAACGGCCUACCCAGCCCCCACUGUCAUGUGGAUGAAGAACAACAUACCAUUCAACGAAAAGUCCAAUCAAGUGACAUUUAGCAACAAAUCCCUGAGCAAAAACAGGUAUCAGUGCGUGCUCCACCUCAUCCGUGUGAAGGAGGAAGACUUUGGGAAUUACAGCAUUCAAGUCUGGAAUGCUGACAGCAAAAAGGAGUUUACUUUCUCUUUAAGAGUAAAUGUGCCAGCAAGGAUCCUGGAACUCAACGACUUUCACCAACCCAGUGGUAUCCAAACUGUGACCUGUGUUACUGAGGGAUCGCCUUUACCAGAAGUCACUUGGUAUACAUGCCAUGACCUAAAAAGGUGCAACAAUAAGGUGGGGAGGUGGACUCCACUGAAAAUCAACUCGAGUGGAAUCCAGGUGAAGAAACGGAUCUCUGAGCUGCCAGGAAACCGAGUCUUCCAUGUAGAGAGUGUCCUAAUUCGGAAGAAUUUGGAUGAAACUGCUGCGAUGCGCUGUUCUGCCACGAAUGGCUUUGGGAUCGUGAGCCGAGAUGUCAAACUUAUUUCCCAUGGUAUCCAGUCUCAACUGGUCACCGUGGCCACCAUCCUGGUUUUGUUGGUCAUCAUUGUCAUCUCAUUAGUGGUCCUGGUUGUGGUUUGGCGGAAGAAACCUCGCUAUGAAAUUCGCUGGAAGGUCAUUGAAUCCAUAAGUUCAGAUGGACACGAGUACAUUUACGUUGACCCGAUGCAGCUUCCGUACGACUCAAGCUGGGAGUUCCCCAGGAGCCAGCUGUCUUUGGGUAUGAAACCACGUUACGUGGCCCUGUCAUUUGAGAAUGAUGGAGGAUACAUGGACAUGACUAAAGAUGAGCAGCUUGAGUACAUGCCAAUGCUGGAGGCUAAACAUGAACCAAACUACGCUGAUAUCGAACACCCUGAUUACAACAGGCCAUACUCACAGGAGACAAGCCCCCCCACUGAGCACGAGGUCACAGAGGAUAAACUACUGAUCAGCGAGUCUCCGGUUCUGAGCUACAUGGACCUGGUUGGAAUCAGUUAUCAGGUGGCACAAGGAAUGGAAUUCCUAUCAUUGAAAAAUUGCGUCCAUCGGGAUUUAGCUGCGAGGAAUGUACUGAUCUGUGAAGGAAAACUCGCAAAAAUCUGUGACUUUGGAUUAGCACGGGACAUAAUGAAUGAUUCCAAUUAUAUUUCAAGAGGCAGUACCUUUUUGCCUCUGAAAUGGAUGGCACCGGAGAGCAUUUUCAACAAUCUAUACACCACACUGAGCGAUGUCUGGUCCUACGCAGUCCUCCUCUGGGAGAUCUUCACCCUUGGUGGAACACCGUAUCCGGACCUUCCUGUCAAUGACCAAUUCUACAAUGCUAUCAGGCAUGGGUACAGAAUGCCCAAACCUCAGUACGCCUCAGAUGAAUUAUAUCAAAUUAUGCAAAAAUGUUGGAAUGAUGAAUUUGAGAAAAGACCUUCAUUUUCAAAUUUAGUAACCUACAUGGGGAACCAGCUCAGUGAGGGCUACAAGAAGAAAUACGCCCAGGUUAACCAGGACUUUCUGAAGGGUGAUCACCCAGCCAUGGGUCGCACCGGGGUUAAAUUCUUCCAAGUUAACGACAACGUGAUCUACUCCAACUGUACAGAGAGCCUGCCCAAUGGCACCAAUAACGGCUAUAUCAUCCCACUGCCGGACCCAGAGCCCCAUGAGGUAUCAGCAGACACCAGCAUUCCGAUGGAGAAUUCCCCAAGUGAGUCUGCUGCAGGAACAAGGCCAAGUUCCCUUGUGUGUGGGGAGAAUGGAGAGCUGGCUGACUCCAGUGAUUCUGCGCCAGUGACUGAAGACGCCAAGGAGCUUGAGGAGGACACUGAAGCUGACACUAGUUUGCCCGAUGUCGAGGACAGUUUCCUGUGACCUUCACCUUCUGGAACUGCCUUCACUGCAGAACUUCCUCAGAACUUUCAACUUCACUUAAAGUACAAACUCUGUGAGAAAAUCCCAAUUCAAUGCAUUGCCUGAGCAAUCCCUAGGCUAAAAGGGAUUGCUGAAUAUGUGUAGAAUAUUGAGAUAAUAAUGAGAAAAUCUUCAAGACACAAUGAGUCCCUUCUGUAAACAUUUCCAUCACCCAUGGACCAGGCAUUAGAUAUGAAAAUGUGCAUCUGCAUCCGGGGUGGGGGAAUACAUGACCGUUCAUUUCAUAUAUCAUUCGCUGGACAUGAAAUUGUCACCGGACUAGGAUUUUGUAUUGGGUCACAAUGUUUGAAUGAAAUUUCCAACUCCUUAGCCUACUCCCUCUUGCUUUUCCCUGGAGUCUCACUGUAUCUCCCACUCUCUGAACUCAUCCCUUCCUUCCUACCUCCAAACUGUCAGACCUGUCUUCAACACCCUCAGUCUCCCCUCCAAAUUAUGAAACUCCAUUUGUCCCUCAGCUUCCUUUCCUCUUGCAAUUUGUGAGCUUUUCAAACCCAGCUUUGUCACCAAUUCAGCUCUGCACCCUGUCUGGUUGCAUUUUCUCUCAGUGUCCUACACUUAUCGGGCUUUGAGUCGUUGUCAAGAUUUCUCCAUCUUCUUAGGAGAACUCCAGUCCAUCCCAAUCUUCCCUGGUUUUGGAAUCUGUGAAACUUAAACUUGGCAUUGAAUUGGAAUGCUUAUCUUUUGUUAAGAUACAUGUAGCUCGGCCCAGGAUAGUUUUAUGGAGACUAUGAAGAGGUCACUGCGCAAUACGAGCUAUUAUACAAUACUUUGAACCCACUGAUCCAAAUGAGGAGAAACUAUUUUAAUGCCAUUUAAGUAUUUUAGUAGCAACUCGACUUCAGAAUGGUUUGUUUCUUCACAGUGGGACCUUACUCUGGUUCUGAUCCAGGGUAGAAAUAUUUUCAGGGCAACAUCAUAUAGAUAGAAGCUGGAGCAGUUAUUACAUUUGUAUUAUAUUACCUUUAUUGAGAUUAGUCCUUUCCAUUACAUUUUCACCUUAUAAGUAGCAAUGUUUGCACAAUCGAGACUAUAUAAAAGAAUUAUUUUACUUUUUUUAAGCAAAUAUUUUACGUAUACUUUUGUCGUGCCAUUUCAUUUGUUUUGAAAUCUUGCAGUGUUGUUGCUCCAUGAUGUUAAUGUCUUCAGAUGCUCUUGUCUGUGUGUGUGAGAUGCAGGGGAGAUUUAACCAUAAUCUCCGUGCAAAAUGAAACACUAAUAAUGUAACUCAUGCAGUUAAACCGUCAAGAAUCAUAACCAAGACCACAUGUAGGGGAGGCCUCAGAUUUCAGCAGCUGUAAGGUCAUUUUUUUUCUCUCGACCAAAGAUUCCUGAAGAGAGUUGAUGAGUUGAAUAUUGUGGAUAUGCUGAAAGGGAAGCAAAUGAAAUAAAGUGGAAGGUUUUUCUGAUAGAUUAAGGGCAGGCUUUUGAUGAGGAUUAACACCAGAAUGGUACACUGGGCUGAAUGGCCAUUUUCUGAGCUGUCAAUCCUUGGAGAAUUCCAUUUGUUCGAAAAUAACUCCAUUCCGUUGCACAGGGGAACAGAUCAGGAAUGUAAAAAACAUCCAUUCAAAGAUUGCUGAUAUUUCUGUGAGCAUUUGUUGGCAAUUAUCUGAAGUUUGGUCUAUGGCUGUUCUUGUUUCAUUAUUUUUAGAUUCCUGUGCAUUUUGCUUCAAAUUUACCUUAUUUGCAGUUCUUUAUCAUUUGAUUCAUUUGAGUGGAUCAUCUGAAUGUAGGUGGAGAGGAUUUUGUUGACACACCCACCAGCAGCAACAAGCACAGUUUGAGAUUAGGUACGCAGGAAUUCAACACUGACUAGAUCUCCCUUUAUCCCAGCAAUGGGCCUCAGCUUCAACCUGGAAAUUGGAAUUGAUAGAGUCAUAGAAUCCCUAUAGUGUGGAAGCGGCCAUUUGGCCCGUUGAGUCCAUACCAACCCUCCAAAGAGCACCCUAUCCUAUUGCUAUAACUCUGCAAUUACCAUGACUAAUCCACCUAACCUGCAUAUCUUUGGACUGUGGACAGAAACACACACAGACAAGGAGAGAAUGUGCAAACUCCACACAGUUGUGUGAGGCUGGAAUCAUAACUGGGUCCCUGGUGUUGUGAGGCAGCAGUGCUAACCACUGAGCCACCAUGCUGACAGGCGUUGUUUGAUAGGGGUUUAUGGAACCAAGGUAGCUCAAUAGACUUGAGAUAUACCCACCAGCCAUGAUCUAACUGACUGACAGGGAACUGAACUACAUCAUUCUGUUCCUAUUUUAAUCUCCACUCUCCAUAAGACAUAGGAGCAGAAGUAGCCAAUUCAGCGCGUUGAGUCUGCUCUUCCACUCAAUGGGAUCUUGGCUGAUCUGGUAAUCUUCAACCCCACUUUCCUGCUGUCUUCCAUUAACCUCUGAUUCACUUACUGAUUGAAAAUAGGUCUAUCUCAGCCCUUGUCCCAGUUAUGGAUAGCCUUUUAAAAUGGGUACACAGCCGAACUUGGUUGAGUCUCACAAGGCUCUUCUAGCAACACAGAGCACUGUCAUCCCAUGAGUGUAUAAUGGGAUCUUUAUCUAAACAAGAAUGAGAGGUCAUUAUGCUAACCCACCAUCCCAUCUGGCUCUGUAAACUAUUGUUUAAAUCUCUUUUAAUGAUAUCUAUCCUUACGCCUUCAGAAUCAUUGCUUGAUUGAAAAUGUCACACUAAUAAUGCAACCUCUUCAUAGAUUGUGUGUGUGUGUGUGUGUGUGUGUGUGUGUGUGUUUGUGUUUUAAAUAGAGUGAUGUUAUGAUGGGAUAUAAAUUACACACUUUUGUUCUAUCCUUUCUCUAGUUGGUGCAAAGGGUGUUGAUGUUUAGAAACAUAGAAUGGCUACAGCACAGAAGUAAGGUGGCCAUUUGAUCUAUUUUCUCCAGACUGUUUCUCUGUGAUUGCUACUCAGCAGUAUCAGACCUCCACCUUUUCCCAUAGCCCUGCAAAACAUUCUCUUCUGAUAAUAAUCCAAUUCCCUUUCGAAAGCCACAAUCGAAUCUGUCUCAACCACACUCUCGGACAUGGCAUUUCAGUUCCGAAACAUGGUUUCCCUCAUGCCGUCCUUGGUUCUUUCACUAAUUGCCUUGAGUUGAUGUCCUGUCUAGCAACCCUCUGGUGAAUAGCAAUAGAACUCUUUGUGUUGUAAAGCAUGUUAUGUCAAUUCUAAUGAAACAUCUCCACCUUCAAUUGGAUGUAAUCCUGGAGGUUUUAUUACAAGACCUCCCCUUUCAAACUGUUCCGUCCCAGCACAAUAUUGGUUAAUUCUACAGGUAUUGCUGUCUUCUGUUGGCAAUUAGAAAGGAAACAAAUUUCUUAGUGCCAAUUAUUGUAGUUGUGGCAAUUUGUGACAUAACCCUUUUACAGAUUUCUUGCAGAUUAACCUGUGUCAUUUGUUUAUCCUUUGGGGGUAAGAGGAGAAACAUGUGGUCAAGACAGCACUCCCUUGAACUGCCCAAGCAUACCUCCAAGUGGGAGCUUGAUUGAAUUUAACUUUUGUAUCUGGUUUCCCUGCUUAGCAGUUGAAUAGUCUGUCAAUCUGAAGCAAAAAAAAAAUUGCAGGAGAAACACAGCAGAUCUGGCAACACCUGUGGAGAGAAAGCAGAAUAAACCUUUCAAGUCCAGUGAGCCUUCUUCAAUUUGGUCAGUUAUCAGGUGGGUAGAGGAAAUUGUAACAAAAAAAAUUACAACCAAUAGAAUCUUCAUGUGUCAACCUCACUGGGAUUCCCUCACACCCUUUAAAUGUAGGGGCCAUUUGUGUCCCUCAUCAUUCUAUGGGUCAUCAUACACAAUUACGUUAAGUGUGACCCUCCAAACAAAAUGCAUUGAUUCCAAUUGAAGAAUUGGGGCUAUUGUUCAUGUCAAUGCAGGCUUAAUAGUAUAGCUUCUUAUCCUGUUCUUCUCCAGCUGCUAGUCAUCUGAAAAUUCAGACUUAUGGUUUCUUUGCAUCAACCUUAAAAGCACAGCAAUAAACUGCCUUGAAUUAGGUUUAUUUGUGAAUGAUCUAAGAUGACUGUGUACAAAAUGGGAGGUUUCAAUGUGUUCACAUGGAUAUUCUUUAUCAGUAAUGGUACAGAUCAAUAUUUUUAAAUGAGUUUUAACAUUGAAUGUUAAUUCUGAAUGUGCAUAUGUGUGUUGGUUGUGAAAAGUAUUUAGAUAUAUGUGCUGUUGGUCAGUAAUAUACUUUUCAUCUACCUUAUUCACUAUUAAAUAAACAUGUUAUUUUCUA